GGCACGGCCGGCGGCCGGCGAGCGUCUGCCGCCACUCUGCCGUCGAGACCGGGCCGUCAUGGAGCUGCCCGCUCGUCUGCUGCUGGCCGUCGGCCUCCUCCACAUCGCAGCGAAGGCCCAGCUGCUUCCAGACAAGGGAGGAUUCAAGUGUCCUGCUCUGGACGGAUAUUUCGCUGAUCCAGAUAACUGCAGAAAGUUCUACCAAUGUGUGGACGAGUACGCGCACAGCCAGGUGUGCCCAUCCGGCCUCUACUGGCACGACAUCAAGAAGCAGUGCGCCUAUAAGAACGAGGCUGUCUGCGGACCUGUGGAGACGACCGAGGCCCCCAUCACCACUCCGGACCCGUACGCCGCCACCGCCUGUGACCCGGCCAACUGUGUGCUGCCCAGCUGCUUCUGCUCCAAGGAUGGCACGCUCAUUCCCGGGAAUUUGGACCCGGCACAGACGCCGCAAAUGAUCAUCCUGGCGCUGGACGGCGCUGUGAACGGCCAGAACUACAACCGCUACCAGGACCUUUUCAACGACACCGUCUUUAAAAACCCCAACGAGUGCCCGAUGAGAGGCACAUUCUUCGUCAGCCACGAGUACACCAACUACCAGAUGGUGCAGGACCUGUACCACAAGGGUCACGAGAUUGCCCUCAACAGCAUCACGUCCCGGGGCCUGGCCGGCGAGUCGUACGAUGCGUGGGUGCAGGAGAUGGUCGGCAUGAGGUCGAUGCUCGGCAACUGGGCCAAUGUGUCCGAGUUCGACAUCUUCGGCAUGCGGGCGCCGCGCCUCAAGCCCGGCGAUAACCGCCAGUUUGACAUGCUCCUCGACUACGGCUUCGCCUGGGACAGCUCUGUGGCGGUGCCGCCGAUCCGCACGCCUGUCUGGCCGUACACGCUCGACUACAAGAUCCCGCACGAGUGCCGCUCCGGCGGCUGCCCCACCUCCCAGUACCCAGGUGUCUGGGAAAUACCACUAAACUCACACUACGUGGCUGGAUUCGACGGGGGACACUGCCCGUACUUGGAUCAGUGCGUGCUCUUCAACAACGAGCCGGCCGACAUCUUGGCCUGGUUCAAGGAAGACUUCAGUCGCCACUACGACCAGAACCGCGCUCCCUACAUCCUCUCCUUCCACACUAACUGGUUCAACGAGCAGAACCUCAUCGACGGACUCAACUUAUUCCUGCAGUGGGUUAGCCAAAAGGACGACGUCUGGUUCGUGACGAUGACGCAGGCGCUCUUCUGGAUGUCGGACCCGGUGCCGCUCAAUCAGCUGACGCAGCUGGACGACUGGGACUGCCGCAAGCGGCAGAACACGCCGGCGCCGGCCUGCAACCGGCCCAACACGUGCCGCGUGCUCUUCAAGCCGCCUAAGGACGUGGACCCGUCCUGGUUGCCGGGCACGAGGUACAUGACCACGUGCUUGAGCUGUCCCAAGCAGUAUCCCUGGCUGUACGACUUCGAGGGCAAUGGUGGCGAAGACGACUUCUAUGAGCCUCCGGUGUACGAAAAAUAGAAACAAGACAGCGUUUUUAGGGAUUCGUAAGGCUGAUGUCGCGACCAAAUAGCCAGUCACAGUCGUUCAUUAGACCUCUCCCGUAUGACGGAUGGAUGCCCAUCAAUAUAUAUAUAUAUAUAUAUAUAUAUAUAUAUAUAUAUAUAUAUAUAUAUAUAUAUAUAUUGUUACAGCCGUCCGGAGGGAAUAGCCGUUGCGGCUGGACAUCUGUUCACCAGUCAGUGGUUGGUCGCUUUGGCUUACGGCAGCAUGGUGUUCGUUGCAAUACAAUGGCGGCAGUAAAAUCAAA